ACAUAUUUAUAGUGAACUGAUUGUUUUGUCUCCCCACUGUGAAAUACUUUGUAAUAACUUAUUGAGAUGAGAAGCCUCCACCUUGUCCUUGGUCUGGGAUUUAUCGGACUUAUCUUGGGUGGCCGCUGUUAUACAGACUACAAAUAUGAUACUGGUAUGUUUACGGACUCCGAGAGAUUAGACCAGAGACUGUUGAGUUUAGGGAAUUGUCAGGAAUGGUGUGAUGAGACUCCCCGAUGUAAAGGAGUAGUCCUGAGUCCCGUGGAUUGGGCUGUCCGAGAGUGCUAUCUGGUGGCCACUACGCACAUAACAGCAAGGAGUGGAUGGGAAUCGAGUUCUCUAACUAAUUGUGGCCUGGACUAUUGGAGCAAGAACGCUGGUAAAUAUCUGAGCGGCUACAGCGCAGGAACCGCCAAAUACGACAGUCUUCUGAAGGCUCAGAGCGAAUGUCUCAAACGAUCCGACUGUGGAGGUAUCACAUACGAGACUUCAUCCAGAAAGUUCACUCUGCGAACAGGAAUCGACCUCAAGGACAGUUCCUCCAGUGAAAUCUCCUGGAUAUAUAAUAGAUUUGUUCUUAAAAUUGCCCCAAGAUCGGGCGGGAUCAGGGACAAAAGGAUUUCGCGAUUAUUUUGGCCAAAUUUCGCGAUACCGCGAAAUUUAACAGGCUAUACAUUAAACUAUACAUAA